CAAUAAGUGAGACAAUUACAAAAUGUUAAAGAACAAUAGGUUGAUGAGGACCCUGCUCAAAAGAGCUUACAAUCUUGUGCAUGUACUCACAUGUGGCAGUUCUGGCUAGAUUCACUCAGUUCUAACUCACAAAAGGUCAUUCAAUGACAUUGUCCUGAGGAUCACAUGAUUGACUCAUUGUUACAGCUAUACCUAAAAAACAUCAUGGGCCAUAAAAAUGAAGCACAGAAAAAUAGCUUCUUCUCGUAUGUGACCAGCCCUUUCUCUUUGUUGUAAAAACUCUAAACAUUAUACAAUUUACAAUUACAACACAGGAUAAUUAGGGUUGUUGUAAAAAGGGGUCUAGAGGUCUAGAGUAGCCACACAAAUGAUCUAGAAAUUCAUGUAACUGAGCAAAAUUUUCUCCUUUGUCUAAUUUGUCCAAUGUAUAUAAUGAGCACUUGUUGCUCGCUGUUUGUUGUAUCUCGGGAGCAAUCAUCAUUACAAGUUGCCUGUUCUAUGCAAGUAAAGAUGUCAAUCAUAUUCUACGAAGAGGAAAACUUCCAGGGACUCAGCUAUGAGUGUGGCAAUGAUUGUCCCAAUCUAACGUCAUACCUUAGUCGAUGCAAUUCCAUACGUGUCCUUAACGGAUGCUGGAUGAUAUAUCAACGUCUCAAUUACAUGGGAUCUCAGUAUUUCAUAAAGAGAGGAGAAUACUCAAAUUUCCACGAAUGGAUCGGUUUCAACGGUGUUAUCAAAUCCUGUUUAUCAAUUCCACAAUACAAAGGGUCUUAUAGACUGAGACUAUAUGAAAGGAAUAACUUUGGAGGGAAAAUGCUGGAAGCGAUGAAUGACUGCCCCUCGGUAAUUGAGUGCUUUAAGCACAAUGAUAUUCAGUCCUGUUAUGUGUUUGAUGGCUAUUGGGUUUUCUAUGAACUGCCCUAUUACAGAGGACGCCAAUACUACUUGAGACCAGGAGAAUACAGAAGAUUCACUGAUUGGGAUGCCAUGAAUGCCAGGGUUGGAUCUUUCAAACAAAUUACUGAGUUUUCUUAGAAAACCCCAAUCCACAAUAAAGUGCUCUACAAAA